AUGAGUCUACUUGGGUCUCUGGUUCUCAUUGUUUUUCUCUCAUUCUCAGUUGUUUCCAUUGAUGCCAACUUCGAAAAGGCCCAUGCUUUCAUAGUCCGAGUUCAAAACGACUUGAAACCACCUGAGUUUUCUGGGGUUGAACACUGGUAUAGCUCAACCCUGCGAAGCCUUAGUUCUAAUCCUCUAGCCUCUGAAAACCUCACCACGAUCCCAAAAGGGCUCAAAUCAGAUUUCAUCCAUGUUUAUAGAACCGUAUUCCAUGGUUUUUCCGCAAAGCUUACAGCACAACAGGUCGACGAGUUGAAAAAACGCCCUGAAAUUCUAGGGGUCUUCCCUGACCAACUUCGUCAGCUUCUAACGACGCGUUCACCGCAAUUUCUUGGCCUCGGUAAAACUGUCAUGCCAAAUGGUCUGAUAAGUGAGUCUGAUUCCGGCUCUAAUGUUAUAAUCGGAGUUCUUGACACCGGUAUAUGGCCGGAACGACGUAGUUUCCACGAUGCAGGCCUCGCGGACGUUCCUUCUAAAUGGAAAGGAGAAUGCACCGAGGGAGAAAAGUUUUCCAAGAAACUAUGCAACAAAAAGCUCGUCGGAGCGAGGUACUUCAUUGAUGGGUAUGAGACCAUAGGUGGCAGCACUACAGGCGUCAUCAGAUCGGCGAGAGACACUGAUGGCCACGGAACCCACACAGCAUCUACGGCCGCCGGCAGAACCGUUUCGAAUGCAUCACUGCUUGGGUUUGCUAGUGGCACCGCUGGCGGAAUUGCAUCCAAGGCGAGGAUCGCCGUAUACAAGGUCUGUUGGCACGACGGUUGUGCAGAUUCCGACAUCCUCGCCGGCAUCGACAAGGCCGUGGAAGACGGCGUUGACGUCAUCUCCUCUUCUAUUGGAGGUCCUCCCAUUCCUGACUAUGAAGACCCAAUUGCCAUUGGUGCGUUUGGUGCAAUGGAACAUGGCGUUUUUGUGUCCGCCGCAGCUGGAAAUUCGGGUCCCAGUGAGUCUUCGGUGACGAACAUCGCACCAUGGAUAACGACGGUCGGUGCAAGCUCCAUCGACAGAAGGUUUCCGGCGGAUCUUCUGCUAGGAAACGGCAGUAUCAUCAACGGCUCUUCUCUCUACAAUGGUGGACCUUUGCCGACGAAGAAGCUGCCGCUGAUUUACGGUGGUGAGGCCGCAGCGGAGCCACGGCGGCCGGAUGCCAAAUUGGUAAGAAGUGGUUCGCCUGCAGCUUUUUGCAUACCGGGCUCGUUGUCUCCAAAACUGGUACGUGGCAAAAUCGUAUUGUGUGAUAGAGGCAUGUCAGCACGUGCCGCGAAAUCAUUGGUAGUGAAGGAAGCUGGUGGGGUCGGUGUUAUUGUCGCCAACGUGGAACCGGAGGGAGGGAACAUAAUCGCCGACGCUCACCUCAUCCCUGGUUUGGCCAUUACCCAAUGGGGCGGUGACCUGGUUCGCGAUUACAUAAGCUCCACUAAGACGCCCGAAGCCACAAUAGUAUUUCGAGGGACCCAGGUGGGGGUGAAGCCGGCGCCUGUCGUUGCAUCGUUUUCGUCGAGAGGACCCAGUUACGGAUCACCGUAUAUCUUCAAACCGGACAUGGUAGCGCCAGGUGUCAACAUCCUAGCGGCAUGGCCCGAUGGUCUUUCACCAACUGAGUUAUCAGCUGAUCCGCGGCGCACCAAGUUCAACAUAGUCUCCGGCACAUCAAUGUCCUGCCCCCACGUAUCAGGCCUGGCGGCCCUCCUAAAAGGGGCCCACCCCGAUUGGUCACCAGGAGCCAUCCGAUCGGCUCUAAUGACCACCGCUUACACACACGAUCAAGAAGGAAAGCCUUUAUUGGACGAUACAGAUUACAAAGAAGCCACAGUGUUCGGCAUGGGAGCAGGACACGUGGACCCCGAAAAAGCCACUGAUCCCGGACUAAUUUACGAUAUGACGGUGGAGGAUUACGUGAGCUUCAUGUGUGCCUCAGGCUUCAGCAGCGAUUCCAUCAAGGUCAUCACACGGAGGAGGGUAAUCUGUAGUGAGUCCCAGAAACUUCAUCCGUGGGACAUCAACUACCCAAUCAUCUCCGUCUCCCUCGACCCAUCAACAAAGUCCAAAACCCGAUUAACGGUGAUAAGGACAGUAACGCACGUUGGAAACAGUGGUAGUAAGUACAGCGUGACAGUGAGGAGGCCAAAGGGUAUAGCCGUGAGCGUUGAUCCAAAGAGCAUAGAAUUCAAGAAGAAGGGUGAAAAACAUAGCUAUAAGGUUGAAAUUUCCGUUGAGGAAGGCGGAGAGGAUGGGGCUGUGAUUGGAUCACUGAGCUGGACGGAUGGGAAACACCGUGUGACGUCACUCAUAGUGGUGAACAUAUGAAUAUUUUCAAAUUUAUGUUUUAGCAUUAAUAAGAUUAAUAAACAAAGUGAACGGUUGUGGUUUAAUUAAAA